GCUGAGCCCUUGAGCUCUCUCCCUUUGUUGGAAAAACAUAUUUCAAGGCAGGCUUCUACCUCCUCUCACAAACUGCUGACAAAAUGCCUGCAGACUACAAUGGACGCUGGGAGAUGGUGACCAAUGAGAACUUCGAGGAUGUCAUGAAGGCUCUCGACAUUGACUUUGCCACCAGGAAGAUUGCUGCCCAUCUGCACCAGACAAAAGUGAUUGUGCAGAACGGAGACAAGUUUGAAACCAAGACCCUGAGUACCUUCAGAAACUAUGAGGUCAACUUUACCGUGGGGGAGGAGUUUGAGGAGUACACAAAGGGACUGGACAACCGGAACGUAAAGAGCCUGGUUGUCUGGGAUGGGGACAAGCUGGUCUGUGUACAGAAGGGGGAGAAAGAAAACCGUGGCUGGAAGCAGUGGAUCGAGGGAGACCUGCUGCACCUGGAAAUCACAGCCCUCGACAAAGUCUGCCACCAAGUGUUCAAGAAGAAGCAAUAAAGGAGGAGGAAGAUUGAUUAUGUGUGUAAAACCCUGACUGCUGUGUGUGUCAUGUUGUGCUUAAAUGUGAACUUUAUUAAAACAUUUUAAUACAAACA